GAUUGGGGAGAAAACAGAAGUGGCUUUCGUAAAACUGAGGUGGAGGAGGAAGAGGAGAUGUUGGUUUCCAGGGGUGGGAAGAUUAAGGAAGGUAGGAAAGGUGGGCGGCCAUUGUCAAGGGAAGGCUGGAAGACUCGUCAGGAGGCAGUCUGGAUCAGGAGCUGGGAGGGGAAGUAUGCGCGCCGCUCCAGUCCACUGAGACGGGACCAUCACGCACUCGCGCUUCUUCACCAACCCAGCAGUGACUGUCAGUGACUCGGUGCUUACCCAAGAUUAAGAACGCACGCUAAACUACAGGCGCACCCUAGACAGAAAACAAAGUAACUACAUACAGUGCUUAACUAAUACAUCUCACUAUGACAGGCAGCUGAAAAGAGGAAAUUUACUGAUUGCGUCAUGAAAACUACACGUGUGAAAGUUGGCGUGACUGGUGCAUGCAGGUGCGAGGGGCGAAGAGGCACCUGAAGGAGGCGUGGCAGGUGACUCGUGAGCCAAUCCUGUGCAGGUCACUUCGGGAGGAGACACAAGCGAUCGAAGCCAGUCGGCCACCACACGCGGUCUUGUGUGGAGGUGGAAGGCUUGGCGUGGAACAUCGCAGAGGCCCCAGGUCACCGUCACUCCCCCCCCUGAAGGACCCCCAUGACCCCCCGCUGGGACCCCUCCACACCAUGGUUAGCGGACACGUGCGGCUGCUGCUCUUGCUCCUGGCCGCCCUUGUCUCUGGCGCCGCUGCUUCCCAGGAUGGGCCUUCCCCCGCCAGUCUCCAGUCCCGGUGGGUGACCUCUGCCCCCCCGCCACACUCCGCCGUCCCGCCACACUCGAGGGUGUCCACCGCCGCCCUGGAGCAGAAGCAGCCUACCGUGGUGGUCACCGAGGUGGAGGAGAGUAGCGUAACUAACCUCACGGCACAGCUCGGCACCUCCGUCUUUCUCCCGUGCCAGACUGAGGAACCCACGGAGAGGCAGGUGUCGUGGGUGCGGCGGCGGGACUGGCACAUCCUCACCUCCGGCACGCUCACCUACACGCGGGAGGGAAGGUUCGCCGUGCACCACCCAGAGGGCAGCACCGAGUGGACGCUGGCCAUCAAGUACGUCACGCUGGAGGACGCCGGCACGUACGAGUGUCAGGUAUCGACGGGAGAUGGGCUAGCGUCGCACCUGGUGGUUCUGGAAGUGGUGGCGCCGCGUGCUGUGAUUCCAGGACGAGGCGUCCACCACGUGCAGGCUGGCUCAACCAUCUCCCUCACCUGCCUCAUCGAGCAGAGUCCCGAGGCACCGCAGUACAUCUUCUGGUACCACGACUCCCGCAUGAUCAACUACGACAGGCGGCGCGGCGGCGUGGAGGUGCGCGUGGAGGCAGGACCCAAGGUGGCUUCGCGCCUCAAGGUGAGCGGCGCCCGGCCCGAGGACUCCGGGAACUACACGUGCGCCGCCGCCAACACAGAGGCCGCCUCGGUCUUCGUGUACGUCACGGAGGACAACAAGAUCGCCGCAGUUCAGCCCCGAGCUCUGGGUCGCGGCGCCUCCCACCAUGUCACCCUCCCUGCGCUGGCUGUCAUGCUGCUGGCCAUCGUGCUGCCCGCGCGCUGACAAUCCUGCUCCUUGCACCUCCCUGGCCUUCAUGUCUUCCUUCACACUGCGGACAACAUUCUUAAACGAUUUGGCGUCUCGUCUCGAUUACUCUGGACAGGCUGUAGUGAUGUUAUAGGGAUUUUCAAGGGAGUUUUCAUGAUUACAGUGACAGUUUACCAAAGAUCCUGCAGCGUCAGUGGGGGAAAGAACUAAAGAACCCGACUGGAGACUUUUGACAUGCUGCAAUGGAAGUUAUUGUGGUCUUCAAGGGUGUUUUCAUAACUCCAAGAAUUCUGCACCAUCAGUGAGAAAGAAAACACAAAACCAUCUCUAAGAACUCGACUAAUUAUCUGGGACCUUUGGAAAACUGUCCUGAUGAGAGAACACAGCGUUUAAUUAAGAAUACGGGCUUCAGUGUGUCACAGCGGCGUCACCAAUACCCUCGACCCAGCAGCUCCAACCACCGACACUGGCCAUUCACACGACCUCGAGACAAAGACGCAAAAGCUCUCGAAGGGACGGAAUUUAUUGGGCAUCAUCUUGUCUCGCCACUUCGUCCCUCGAGCACGAACCUUACCAAGAGACAAGCUGUAUUCCUUCACAGUAAGGGGAAACGUGAAGAUCAGCAGCUCCACCUAUUUUUGGUGUGAGCUGGUAUAGUUAGGUUAGGUUGAAUGUUCUAAUCUAAUCUAACUUAACAACCUAACAGUGUGUGUGUGUGUGUGUGUGUGUGUGUGUGUGUGUGUGUGUGUGUGUGUGUGAGAGAGACUGCUCACUCUCUACACCUCACCUCAUGGCGGGCAACCUACCCUACCCUAACAAACAUGAACGAAGGAAGGACACCUGAGGCAAAGGUUGAGAUAACGUUAUUUCGAUCUUAACCAGGUGACUCAUCUUAGUCACGAGGAGGACAACAGACAGGUGCCACAUCGUCAAAUGUUUCAGCGUCUUGUCCUGACUAUUUCAAACAGGCUUUACUGAAAAUAAUCACCGGGGGUUUUCAAGACUCAUGUUUCUUCUGGUAAUAGUAUAACAAGGAUUAAGCAUCACCAGUGAGAAAAAUACUAAUGAGAACUUGACUAAUCAUCUCUGUGACCUUUGAAAAUAGUCCUGAUGACAGAACAAGGUGCUGCAGUGCACAGAAAAAGGACUAUAAGAAAAUCUUUGCGUUGGUCCUGACAUCCUCCACGCCACCUGAUGGUUACUUAUGCCGUGAGUAAGGAGUGACUAUUUAGCGGGCAACUCUUCACAUCAUUGCUUUGAGGAUCCAAAUUCUGCGAGGCCCCUCAAGGCAUACACGUUUCGAGUGAGAAAAUACAUAGCAAGUGUUCGACUUCAAUGUACAUGGAUGUAUUUCUGAAUGAAUUCUGUAUUUUCAGUAAAAGUUUUGAGUAAU